AUGGCUGCUGAGGCGCUGGCUUGCUUCACUUCUUUGCUGGAAAAUGUACCGGGAUGGAUUGCGGAUCUAGAGAGCAUACUAGAAACGGCGGCCAAGACACAGGAGGACGUUGUUUUUGCGAAUAUACCCGCGGACUCUCACACUACCUCAUCUAAGAAAAGACCACAGACGAAGUCAUCGUCGCUCAAAUCGAGAAGGUCAGACGAUGGGGCGGAUGUUGGUUUAGGGGAAGGAAACAAAGCUAUUUUGCUCAAGCGGCCGCAUUUACAGCACAUGACGAAUUCAGAUGCACUACUCCUGUCUCAAAGGAAGAGAAAGACGGCGUCGGUGUGCUCUGGAGAUCAAUCUGGUCCCCCGAAAUUCCGGAUCAAGGCUGCUGCGGUGGUAUACUACGAUGGAGAUACACAGAAGAGCUUCGAGAAACUUGUGAGGGCUGUUGGGUCAUCAAGAAACGCCAUCAGGAAGGGCAAGAUGAGCAUGAAGGUGGACAGCAUGUCACAGAGUGAAUCGAGCGGCAGUGAGACGAGUAGCGGAGACGAUGGUCAAGAUUUUGACCCCAUAAUGGCUCGACUCGCCUUGAGAGCCCAUCGGUCGACCCGACCUGCUCAUACUGGUGAAGACAACAGCGAGGCAUUUGAUCGUGUCGACGGUCGUCUGGAGAAAGGACAGUCGCUGUGUGAGCGUGCCGCCCAUCAAAUUCUGCGGGAUGGGGACUGCACCGCCGAGGUCAAUGAUGCCAAGAAGCAUUUCUCCGAGGCAUUGAAGCUCGCCCAGGCAGAGCUGCCUGCUCUGCAAAGAAUAGCAGAACACGCAGCCGAGCGGCGCCGACGGAGCGAAGAACGACGUCGCCUUGAGAAGAAAGAGGAAGCACGAAGGCAAUCGGUCAUUGCACUGAAUCCAAACGUUAUUGAAGUCAUCACCGCGGCACGUCCGGACGAAGACGAGCUCGAGGUCGAUCAACUCGAAGUCGACGAUUGCUCGAAUAACGACGACGACGACGCAGGCUUCGACAUCAGCACCUUCUCCAAGAUUGCACAGAUGCGCUCUGCAAGGCUCACCGCUUACUAG